CGCGGGUUCCCGACCCUCUGCCCUAUUGGCUGAAGCCUCAGAAACAUGAGCGCCGAUUAGUCGAACGGCACGGGCCAGGCGGGCAGUAAUUGGCUCGCUGUGCAGUCUGCGCGGCGGCGGAGGAAGGUGGGGCGGGGCGUUGCUGCGGGCUAGAGCGAGGCUGCGGAGCAGGCGAGACGGCGGAGCUAGAGAGGACGCUGCGCUAGGGUGGCGGUGCGAGGGGAGCAGCCACCCGCGGCCCGGUCCGGGGCAUGCGAGACGGCUGAGGCGGCCCAGGGACUUGCUGUUGCCAUGACCGAGGAGUCUGAGGAGACAGUCCUGUACAUUGAGCACCGCUAUGUCUGCUCUGAGUGCAACCAGCUCUAUGGAUCUCUGGAGGAGGUGCUUCUGCACCAGAACUCCCACGUGCCCCAGCAGCACUUUGAGCUGGUGGGUGUGGCUGACCCUGGCGUCACAGUGGCCACAGAGGCAGCUUCAGGCACUGGCCUCUAUCAGACUCUUGUACAGGAGAGCCAGUACCAGUGUCUUGAGUGUGGGCAACUACUGAUGUCACCCAGCCAGCUCCUGGAGCACCAGGAGCUACACCUGAAAAUGAUGGGGCCCCAGGAGGCAGUGCCAGCUGAGCCACCACCCAAGGUGCCCCCCUUGAGCUCCAGCACCAUUCACUAUGAGUGUGUGGAUUGUAAGGCUCUCUUUGCCAGCCAAGAGCUCUGGCUCAGUCAUCGGCAGACCCAUCUCCGGGCCAUGCCCACCAAGGCUCCUGCUCCAGUUGUCUUGGGGUCACCCGUUGUCAUAGGCCCCCCUGUGGGUCAGGCCCGUGUGGCUGUGGAACAUUCAUACCGAAAGGCUGAAGAGGGUGGGGAAGGGGCGACUGUCCCGUCUGCAGCUGCCACCACCACUGAGGUAGUGACCGAAGUGGAACUGCUCCUCUACAAGUGCUCCGAGUGCUCCCAGCUCUUCCAGCUGCCUGCUGACUUCCUGGAGCACCAGGCCACCCACUUCCCUGCUUCUGUUCCAGAGGAGCCUGCUAUACAACAGGAGACCAUGAUCCCACCACCUGCAGAGGUUCCAGCCCCUCAGCCUGACCCCCUUCCUGCCUCUGAUCACAGUUACGAGCUGCGCAAUGGGGAGGCCAUUGGACGGGAUCGUCGGGGCCGCAAACCGAGGAGGAACAACAGUGGAGAGUCCAGUGGGGCAGCCACCCAGGAACUCUUCUGCUCAGCCUGCGAACAGCUCUUUCUCUCACCCCACCAGCUCCAGCAGCACCUGCGGAGUCACCGGGAGGGCAUCUUUAAGUGUCCCCUGUGCAGUCGUGUCUUCCCCAGCCCCUCCAGUCUGGACCAGCACCUUGGUGACCACAGCAGUGAGUCUCACUUUCUGUGUGUAGACUGUGGCCUGGCCUUUGGCACAGAAGCCCUCCUUCUGGCCCACCGAAGAGCCCACACCCCGAAUCCUCUGCAUUCAUGCCCCUGUGGGAAGACCUUUGUCAACCUCACCAAGUUCCUGUACCACCGGCGUACUCAUGGGGCAGGAGGUGUCCCUCUGCCUACAACCCCGGUCCCACCAGAGGAGCCUGCCAUUGGUUUUCCUGAGCCAGUCCCUGCAGAAACAGGAGAGCCGGAGGCCCCGGAGGUCCCAGAGCCUCCCGUUCUCCCUGGGUCUGAGGAGAGUUCGACAGAGCCUGCAGCUCCAGGCACUUACCGCUGCCUCCUUUGCAGCCGUGAGUUUGGCAAGGCCUUGCAGCUGACCCGGCACCAGCGUUUCGUGCACCGGCUGGAGCGGCGCCAUAAAUGCAGCAUUUGUGGCAAGAUGUUCAAGAAGAAGUCUCACGUGCGGAACCAUCUGCGCACGCACACCGGGGAGCGGCCCUUCCCCUGCCCUGACUGCUCCAAGCCCUUCAACUCACCUGCCAACCUGGCCCGCCACAGGCUCACGCACACCGGGGAGCGGCCCUACCGCUGUGGGGACUGUGGUAAGGCCUUCACUCAGAGCUCCACGCUGCGGCAGCACCGCCUGGUGCACGCCCAGCAUUUCCCCUACCGCUGCCAGGAGUGCGGGGUGCGCUUCCACCGCCCGUACCGCCUGCUCAUGCACCGCUACCACCACACGGGGGAGUACCCCUACAAGUGUCGGGAGUGUCCCCGCUCCUUCCUGCUGCGCCGCCUGCUGGAGGUGCACCAGCUGGUGGUCCACGCAGGGCGCCAGCCCCACCGCUGCUCCUCCUGUGGGGCAGCCUUCCCUUCCUCCCUACGGCUGCGUGAGCACCGCUGUGCAGCUGCGGCGACCCAGGCCCCGCGGCGCUUCGAGUGUGGGACCUGCGGCAAGAAAGUGGGCUCUGCUGCACGGCUGCAGGCGCAUGAGGCGGCUCACGCUGCUGCCGGUCCCGGGGAGGUCCUGGCUAAGGAGCCCCCAGCUCCCAGGGCCUCAAGGGCCUCGCGCACAUCAGUUACUCCCUCCCCGAUAGCCCUUGGGAGCAGCGUCCCUGCGACCCCUGCAGCCCCUGCCCGCCGCCGGGGCCUGGAGUGCAGCGAGUGCAAGAAGUUGUUCAGCACGGAGACAUCACUGCAGGUACACCGGCGGAUCCACACGGGUGAGCGGCCAUACCCGUGUCCAGACUGUGGGAAGGCUUUCCGUCAGAGUACCCACCUGAAAGACCACCGGCGCUUGCACACAGGCGAGCGGCCCUUUGCCUGUGAGGUGUGUGGCAAGGCCUUUGCCAUCUCCAUGCGCCUGGCAGAACAUCGCCGCAUCCACACAGGUGAACGGCCCUAUUCUUGCCCCGACUGUGGAAAGAGCUACCGCUCCUUCUCCAACCUCUGGAAGCACCGCAAGACUCACCAGCAGCAGCAUCAGGCUGCGGUGAGGCAGCAGCUGGCAGAGGCAGAGGCCGCUGUGGGCCUGGCUGUGAUGGAAACUGCAGUUGAGGCUCUGCCCUUGGUGGAAGCCAUUGAGAUCUACCCUCUAGCCGAGACUGAGGGGGUCCAGAUCAGUGGCUGACUCCCCCAUUUUCCUCUUCAGCACCACCAUGCCCUGCUGCUGAAGGGCCCUCCAACAGCCCCUGAAAACCUCUAUACAUACUGUACCCCUCUCUUCUUCACCACCAUAUAAGUUCUGAAACUGGAUUUACUUUAUUUUCUGAAGGGGCUGCUCUGGGGUCCUUGGUAUAUAAGGUCUCAUCCCUUUCUCCCCACCUUCCACCUGUUUGGUGGUCCCAAAGUGAGACAGUCAAUAAAGACUGAGUUGGAUAUUU